AUGACAGACGGCUUUCUACCGCCUGGUCUUCAGUCACAAGAGUUUCCUAGUACGGUAUUUGAUAUAUGUUUCGCAGAGACAAACUUGAGAGCUUUGUCGGAUGAUCUUGACGUGAAGUGGCCUGUGUGUUCGAUCUUCAUUGAAAAUAUUUUACUGACUGCUGUACCACCUUCACUUUUGCGUCUACAACUGCUAACACUUUCGUUAUCGGGCAAUCCAAUUCAGACUGUUCCGAGAGAGCUCUUCGAAAAAGGUUAUACUCACGACACAAGACUGAGUCGCACAUUAGUGCGUGAGCUGCCGCAAAAUGUAUCGUUUGUGCUAAAUUAUGCUACUCAGCUGGUGAUCAUGAACACUAGUAUUUCAUUCUUUUGGUCGUGGAUAGAUCCUCUGGCUGAACUUGCACUGGAGAUAUCGUCAAGUACUAUACUUGCUGGUGGGUCCACGUAUUGUCUCGAUCUCGAAAAGAUCUUGAGUGGUACCGCCUCAAUGUUUUCUGAGCCUUUUCAGCCCGGACACUCGACGCUGUUAAUGAAUGCCUCUGAGGCGAACUGGGACAUAUUGCGUCAAGUGGUCGACUGCACAACUACAACAGUGGCUGAUCACUCGAUGUCCAAUCUUGCCUACUGGGACGGUUUAUUCGCUCUUGGCGCUUCAUAUUUGACUAGUACCAGAAUAGCCAAAACAACAAACGCAAGGCAUGGAAUGGAUUACCCCACGCUGUUCAGCUCGGCUUCCUCGUAUGAAUAUGUGACGCUCUCGUAUUGCAGCUUCGUGUUCUGGUGGCUCGUCAUUUUCUUGAUUCACUUCGUGACAUGUGCGUACAACGCUGGGUUCGCCAAGUUCUACUGGGAUUAUGACGCAUCGUUUCUAAGCUAUUCGCUUGAAGCCUACGCGAUCGGAAUGCCUCGAGAGGACUUUCUCACGAUCGCCUACGUUCACAUUGCUUUGGCUUCAGCACAUGGGGUUUGCGUACUACACUUGAUCCUCUGUUUGCUAUCGCAGCGGACAGUAUCAUUUACUUUAGAAUCCAAAGCUUUGUGCAAGUGCUUCCCAAAGAAAAACGCUGGACAAGUGGGACAGGACCGAGUUGACAGCAUUGUCAGUCGAAGCUUUACACGGGUAUACAUGAAUUUAGCCCAUCGCGAGGGAUUUUUUGGUGUCAAUGGUAAACAUUUCCACCGUAUCCACAUUUUCCGAGAAAUUCUUGAGACCGCACUCCAGACGAUUCAAGCGAUUCGAAUGAGCAAAUACCUUCCGCAUCCACAGCUCAAUCACUUCUACGUGGGGUUACUUGUGGUUAAUUGCUGGUCAUCUGUAUUGAUUCAUUCGCGAUGGUUCUGGCAUGGAGAAGCGCACCGUCGCUUUGCGUUGGUAGUUUGUGACUGUGCGCUGGAUAUGAUGUCUACUGUUGGUGUUUCAGCGAUGAUUGCUCUGCGGUACGCGGAUCAAUACAAUGUUGCGUUAGCAGGAUUCAACUUUGAUGAUCUUAGUGAUGAUAAUUGGGUUGCACAAAUGCUAAAUGAGGCUCAGAUGGUAUUAGUAGUGUCAUGGUCAGACAUGGCAAUGCGCGUCAUCUUCUCACUUGGAAUUAUCAUGACCACUACAAACAUGAAAGAGUUACUACGCCGAAAGCCUAACAGGAAAAAUCGGCUUGUGCCGGCUGACGGUCAUAAUGCCCACAUUCAACUCUCGUACGAAGCUCAUACGCUUUUGUCACCUUUGCCCGAGAACAAUGACGUGAACUGGAAUUCUCGUAUUCAGAUGCAGAAUCCUCAUGCCAAGAAAAAAGUAGUGUGUUCCCCGCCUAGAUUAACACCUUCCCACGGUAUUAACCUGUUAUUUGCAUUUUGGGGUUUCGUGGUGCUGGCGUUGCACAUUUACGCUAUCACCCAAAUCCCGUUAAUGGAGUGUGUGCCUAAAGUCCAUCCGAUGGCUGGUGUUCUACCGUCUUGUUUUGUCGUGGAUUUUAAUUGCCAUAAACUGAGUAUAUCUGGUCAACACGACGAAGUACUCACUGAGUGGAAGAAAUUUGAUCACAGAACGGCUGUAAAGCUCAUCGUUCUGCAUUGUCCUGCUUUUGAAGUACCUACUAGCUUUUCCGACUUCAUUCUGCUACAAGAAAUUAGAGUGUACAACACGACUAUUGAUAAUUGGGGGGACGAUGUUGCUAUCACGAACACUUACCAUCCAAGGCUGACGAUGCUAUCACUGGUGCGCACAAAAAUGAAGGAUGGCAUUCUUCCUGUGGGUCUUCAGUCUAUAGAUUUCCCAGCAAAUCUUUACUAUAUAAACUUUUGCGAGACAAAUCUUGCGAGUGUACCAGACGAUAUUGAUGCCAAGUGGCAUGUCGGAUCCAGUGUUUACGUGGAGAAUAGCAAGCUCACUGCUGUACCGCAAGCGUUAAUUCGCUUGCAACCAUUCUUCCUGGUGUUAGGGGGGAAUCCCAUAACAGAGAUCCCACCUGAACUCUUCGAGAUAUAUGGCAUGCUUUACCUCAUUUUAGCUCACACAAACAUUAGUGAACUACCACGAACUAUUUCAAAUCCAUCCAUGAAUACUCCGUUUAUUGAUGUGAGGAACACAGCAGUCUCAUACUUUUGGUCAUGGAUCGACCCACUUGUCGAAAUGAUGCUCGAGGUGUCACCAAUGAUACUAGCAAGUGGUUCGACGUAUUGUAACGACCUCGAUAGAAUUCGUAACGGGGAAUCAGCAACAUUCACUGCCCCGCUUCAAGCAGACUCCUCAUCGAUACUGAUGAAUUCUUCCGAGGCGAAUUGGGACCGGCUCAUCAAAGCUGUUGACUGUUCAUCACCUCUGUAUGAUACCAUGUUUGAUCUAUUGGGCUGGGAUGGAAUGUAUCGUAUCACCGUAUAGUGGCAAAAUCUCCGUAAGAUAUCAUUCUAAAGCUAGAUAAAAUUUUGAUGUUCUCUCGUCUUGC